AGAAGACGACGGACAAAACUUUGAUUUAGGAAAAGCGAGAGCGCUUUAUUCGGAUCGGAUAAACACGUGUGCGUCUCUCUGUGUGUGUGUGUGUGUGUGUGUGUGUGUAAAGGAUCUAUCAGCGUGAAGCGAUGGUAUGCGUUUGCUGUAAUCGCGUGAGCCUUCCUACACCUCACCAGUCUGCAGGGACGUACAAAGCACCCUUCUGUAUGCAGCUUGUGUGUGUGUGUGAUUCACUGGAUAAUAUGAUUCACUGAAGACAUCUGUUUAGCAGAAAGCUGCAGACAUCCAGUCUCCUUAUGCCAGCCAUGUUCUUCACUUUGUUCCUCUUCUUCCCCCUUGUACCAUCCAUUUCUUCCCGUCCAUUUGCAGAAAGUCCAGUGACCAUCGGAUUGGACAGAAAAGUUGUGCUCGAAAAUGGCAACCAUGUUACAAUCAACCAAUCCAGCAACAACGACAUUCAAAGAGAACUGGAUGUGAAUGCAAAUAAUGUCAGCAAGAACAGACAAAAUAAACAAAAUUAUGAUGUCAUAAGCAGAACUGGUCUAAAUAGCCAAAGCAACACAGGUGCAGAGCAAAACAGCAGCAAAACCAGCCAAAACAACGCGAACCUUACACGUCAUCUCCCGGACAUCAUUAUCAUCGGAGUAAGGAAGGGUGGUACGAGGGCGUUGCUUGAGAUGCUGAGCCUUCACGACACCAUUGCAACUGCUCAGAGUGAGGUUCACUUUUUCGACUCGGAUGCUCAUUACCAGCAGGGACUCGAGUGGUACAUAUCGCAGAUGCCUCUGGCUCGACCUGAUCAGUUGACGGUAGAAAAGACUCCGGCGUACUUCACAUCUGACGACGCUCCGGAGCGAAUCCUUCGCAUGAACCCGUCCGUCCGGCUCCUGCUGAUAGUCCGAGAUCCUGUGGAUCGUGUUCUGUCAGAUUAUACACAGGUUUUUCACAAUCAGAUUCAAAAACACAAAAUUCCUCAACGCCUAGAGGACCUGCUGCUCCAAGACGGGGAGCUCAACCUCAGCUAUAAAGCCUUGAACCGAAGCUUAUAUUACCCACACAUGCAACGAUGGCUACGAGUUUUCCCGUGGGAUAGCAUUUAUAUAGUGGACGGUGAUGUGCUAAUCAGAGACCCGUUAGCAGAAAUGAAAAAAGUUGAACAUUUUUUGCAUCUCAAGCCACAGCUAACCGAAGAAAACUUUUACUUUAAUCAGACAAAAGGUUUUUACUGUUUGAUGAACCGUGGGCACGAACACUGCCUACAUGAAUCGAAGGGACGAGCGCAUCCAAACGUUGCCCCAGAAAUCCUGCAGAAAUUAUGCAGAUACUUUCAGGAACCAAAUAGGAAGUUUUUUGAACUUGUACGAAGAACGUUUAAUUGGAAGUGAGAAUGGGUGGGACUGGGAAUAGACUGCCACCUUAACUCUGUUGACUGGCUAAAGUGAAAGUGAAAAAUUUGUAUAAACAUGGUUGUAUGCAAACACAAGAAGUUCAGGAAGAACAUUUGUGAAAUACUGUGAAAACCAGGCCACAGGUUCUCAUGGUUGCAAUCAAAAACCAGACUGUGAGAACAGACAGAAAACUGGAACGUUGUUGAAACUCGAAGGAAAUCAUAAAUACCGAAAUGAAAGUGUGUGUGUGUGUGUGUGUGUGUGUGUGUGUGUGUGGGAAAGAAAGUUUGACUCAAACUAAAAAGGCAGUUAAAAUCCUGCAAAUCCCAGGGAAGUUCAUGAUAAGUAAUCAAACAGAAACUGUGAAGGAUUAAGAGAAAUCCUGUGCAAAGCUCCGCAGCCUCAUUACAUUCCUCAAGAAAAUUGGAAAAUUCAGCACAUACUGUAAAACGCACAAAUAGUAUUGUAUGAACACUAGAAAGAGGUUUUAUCACAGGAGAACAGUAGCCGAGAUGAACGGUAUAUUUAUCCAUGGCUUAAUAAUAUAGUACAAUGUUAUUCAUUACAAAACAACCUUUUUUUUUUAAGAGACCUGGCUGACUGAAGACCUAUACACACUCAACACACACACACAACUGGCUUAAUUGAAAUUAAAACCAGAUGGUUAUUUAAAAGUAAGAGGAGUUAAAUUCAACUGAAACUGGUCCGGGAAAAACAGAAGGAUAAUUAAAUGCCUGGAAUGCACACACACACACACACACACAUGCACACACACCUCAGUAAAUAGGAUCAAAUUAUAAGGUGGGAUUUCAGUGUUAUAUAAAGCAUGCUGGAAACUUUGCACAUUGUUUUUAAACUUGUUCUUAUUGUUAUGUUUUUUUUUUUCAUGUGCCAUUUGUGACAAGUUGAAAGCCCAACUACAGUAUAAUAACAAUUAAACAAUAUAUGCAAUACCAAAUUUUACUAUUUUGUAUAUAGCAUUUAGUAUCUAAACUACAAUAUAUUGUGCUAUUUGUUGUCCUGUCUAUACUCCAUACCGUAAAAAUAAUAGGCAAUAUUCUACUGAUAUACUGUAAUAACUACAGAAGCAGCUGUUUGUUUAUCCAGUCAUUUUUUCAAUAAUGUUUUUUCAAAAAUUCUCAGCUCGUAAUUGCGACAUGAUGACAUGAAGGCACUGGUUACACACUGACACACGCUAUAUUUAACACUUAAACAGUUAAUAAAUUUCGACUAGAAUUAAACUGACUACCUCUUAACCCGGAAUAGCUAAGCACAUCCUUUAUACCACUCAAGCUCUUUAAAUUUACUAGCAUUUUAAAGCAAUUUUAAUUGAAAAAAAUAUAAUUAAAAUUGUUCAUUAAUUUAAAAAAAUUCCAUCAAUGAAAAAUGUCUUUGUGACUUGAGUCACAAGUUAUUUCUCAACAUUUUCGCAGUGUUAUAAUCUAGCAUGCAGUUAAACUAGCUAAUCGAUUAGUAUUCUUGCUAGCUCGAUACAUCCAAGUUGAUGAAACUGAAUCGAGCUUUUAAUCAUUAUUAAUUCUCCAUUUUAAACACUGUACAUUGUAGGCUGAGUAAAUGACUGUGCUUAUAUUUGGUUAUGCUACAUUGUAUAAGCUAAAUUUAUAUUUGUAUUUUUAUACAGCAGUAGAUUUUUUAUUUUUCAUAUUUAAAAACAACUUUAUACAGUAAUGUGCGUAAAAAAAACAUUUUUUUUUCAAUUUCUGUUAAUUGAAUAACUUUAGUAUUUUAUUUAGUCGCCAUGGUCUAUGCAAAUGUUUUACACCAAAUGUUUCAAUUGUGCAGUCAUUUAUGCUUUUACAUACUAUAAAUGUAAAACAAGAGUUAUUCAUGUGAAUAUAAAUAUAAUAAAUAUUGACUGUA